UUGUUUUCAUUUUCUUCUUCUCCUUUUUUUUUUGACACUUUUCUAAUAUGUAGCUAUCAAUUCAUUUUUUCGUAUGAUGAUUCUUCUUCAAGUCAGUCUCCUCUGUAAACGUUUUCUGGUGACUCUUCAUUUUUUCGAUCAUCAUCUAUCUUUUUUAUUGGAUUGAAUGUUCUGAUAUCAUUUUGUUAAAAACGUAACCUCUAAUUGAUCUAAAACACAAAAAUAUAAUAAAUUAAAAUUAUUUCGUUAACCAAAAUAUUAUUAAACAUUUUGUGUAGUUUAAGACUUCUGAUUUUUCGGCUGUUUGAGCCAUCAGAGAUUUUUCACAAUCAGUCAAGAUGGUUGCCUACAUACAAAACUCUAAUGUUUUUUCUUCUUUUCUCGUUUAAAACCUAAAACAUAUAUUUAUAAUAAAGAUUCAUCAUUGGAUUGAGGACAAAUACCCCAAUCCUAACACAAAUUUGCAGAUUGAAAUCCAGAGACUUUGGCCUUGUUCAUCAUGUCAGAGACUCAACUUCAGGCCGUGAGUAUUGAGGACGGUGAGAAAGAAGAAAUUAUAAUUGCAGAUGAUGAUCCUCGAGGAAUUUGGCAACACCUGCGUCGUUAUCUGAAAGUUGCAAUAAAUUUUUUUGACCUGGAUAGUCCUUGGGGAUACGGGGCUUUUCUCACUGCUUAUAUGAUCGUCAUCUUCGUGCAUCCUUUGCAUUACUACGCUUAUGUGAUCGAUUCCCAGCAUAAUUGCCUGGAAAUCAACAAUGAAUUGUAUGCCACCUUUGCUGUGGUUGCCAUUUUCAAUGCUUACAUGCUGCUAUAUGUUCCAAAUGUAAUCCGCAAAAUCUUCCUGGGGACUAUUAGGAAAGAGAAGGGGAUUGAACAUUUCAUGUUUACUCAAGUACCCGUCUUGUUAAUGACGUUGACUAUACUUCCGGAUUUGACAAGGGGAACGACGGACAAGAUCUUUCUGACUACAACGAACUUGUUUCUUUUCGGAUAUAUGCUUCUAGUUAUUGGACUCUCGAUAACUAUCAGAAAUGCCUCCAAGCAGACAGGGUUUAUCGCCAAAGCCAAAUGGGCAAAAGCUGUGUUCAAUCUUUUGCUUUACUUGCAUGGAGGUCAUGUAUUUGGAGCUACCUGGUAUUGUUUUGCUAUCGACAGGAUUCUUGUUUGUUGGAGGGACGAAUAUAAUUCCAAGAAUACAUUGAAAUUUAGCACUUUCGUUUGUGGUAAUCAUGAUUUAGAGAAGCUAAGUUGUCAUAAAACAGCAAAUAUCACACAUUUUGGAAUAUUCAAUGAUGGUCUCGAAUAUAGAAUUGUGGGAAUGAAGUCAUUUCUGAAGAAAUAUUUGUUCUGUUUCCGAUGGGGUCUGCAAGUUCUCAGUUGUUUCGGUCAAAAUCUCCGACCAAGUACCUUUCCCCUGGAAAAUAUAUAUGUGAUUUCUGUAAUCAUCUAUUCCACCCUGCUGUUUGUGUUUUUAAUUGGAAAUAUGCAGACAUACUUGCAGUCCACAACUACAAGAUUAGAGGAGAUGAGAGUGAAAAGACGUGAUGCAGAGCAGUGGAUGGCCCAUCGAUUGCUCCCUGAUACUCUGAGGGAGCGAAUAAGGCGUUAUGAGCAAUACAAAUGGCAAGAAACCAGAGGUGUUGAUGAAGAGUAUCUGCUCUGUAAUCUUCCCAAGGAUCUUAGAAGGGACAUAAAGCGUCAUCUCUGCUUAGCUUUGCUUAUGAGAGUGCCAAUGUUUGAAAAAAUGGAUGAACAACUUUUGGAUGCAAUGUGUGACUGUCUCAAGCCAGUGCUGUAUACAGAAGAAAGCUACAUUGUUCGAGAGGGUGACCCUGUUGACGAAAUGCUCUUCAUCAUGCGAGGCAAGCUAUUGACUAUAACUACCAAUGGCGGAAGAACUGGUUUCUUUAACUCUGAAUAUCUUGGGGCUGGUGAUUUCUGUGGCGAAGAACUUCUCACGUGGGCUCUGGAUCCUCAUUCCUCUUCUAAUCUCCCCAUCUCGACUAGAACUGUUAGAGCUCUUGCGGAAGUUGAAGCCUUUGCUUUAAAGGCUGAUGACUUGAAGUUUGCUGCCUCUCAAUUCAGGCGGCUUCACAGUAAGCAGUUGCGUCAUACUUUUAGGUUUUAUUCACAGCAGUGGAGGACUUGGGCAGCUUGUUUCAUACAAGCAGCUUGGCGCCGCUAUAGUAAAAAGAAGCUAGAAGAGUCUCUACGUGCAGAAGAGGAUCGUUUGCAAGAUGCCCUGUCUAAGGCUAGUGGAAAUUCACCAGGUUUAGGAGCCACCAUUUAUGCCUCAAGAUUUGCUGCUAAUGCACUUCGUGCAAUUCGGCGAAAUAGUACUCGGAAGGCAAGGAUUCCGGAGAGGGUACCACCCAUACUGCUUCAGAAGCCAGCCGAACCCGAUUUCACAGCUGAAGAACAAUAGGUAAACUGUCUUUAGGCUGUAUGUAUUCUUGUGUUGUUGUAUAAUUGAAAAAGAAACAGAGUCAUGUAAAUUAGUUUGUAUAUGCAAAAGUUAUUUCAUAAUUGAGUUGUUGUAUGAACUCAAAGCUUAUUGCAGUAAAAAAUCAAUAUCAUGGGAAGGCGUUAUCACUUA